UUAAAUGCUCCAAGCUGACGGAGGAGCAGGGGAGUGUGGUACAGAGCUGGCCCAGGCAGGGAAGCAGGACCAUGGCUGGCAAGAAGGUCUGCAUCGUGGGCUCAGGGAACUGGGGCUCAGCUAUUGCCAAGAUUGUGGGUAGCAAUGUGGCCCAGCUGGCACAGUUUGACCCUCGGGUCGCCAUGUGGGUGUUUGAGGAGGAAGUUUCGGGCCAAAAGCUAACAGAGAUCAUCAACACAAAGCAUGAGAAUGUCAAAUACCUGCCUGGGCACAAGCUGCCUCCUAAUGUGGUGGCUGUACCAGAUGUGAUCCAGGCAGCAGCAGAUGCAGACAUCCUCAUUUUCGUGGUGCCCCAUCAAUUCAUUGGCAGAAUCUGUGACCAACUCAAGGGUCAUCUGAAAGGAAAUGCCAUCGGGGUGUCUCUUAUCAAGGGUGUGGAUGAGGGCCCCGAAGGGCUGAAGUUGAUCUCUGAGGUGAUUCACGAACGACUGGGCAUCCCCAUGAGUGUGCUGAUGGGGGCCAAUAUUGCCAAUGAGGUGGCUGAUGAGAAAUUCUGUGAAACCACCAUUGGUUGCAAGGACCCGGCCCAGGGUCAGCUGCUGAAGGAUCUGUUGCAAACACCAAAUUUCCGAAUCACUGUGGUGCAAGAAGUGGACACAGUAGAGAUCUGUGGGGCCCUCAAGAAUGUGGUUGCUGUUGGGGCUGGCUUCUGCGAUGGACUAGGCUUUGGUGACAACACGAAGGCCGCUGUGAUCCGGCUGGGGCUCAUGGAAAUGAUCGCCUUCUCCAAGCUCUUCUGCAAGGGCCCAGUCUCCUCAGCUACCUUCCUGGAAAGCUGCGGAGUCGCUGACCUCAUUACCACCUGUUAUGGGGGUCGGAACCGAAAAGUGGCUGAAGCCUUUGCCCGAACUGGAAAGUCUAUUGAACAACUGGAAAAAGAGAUGCUGAAUGGGCAGAAGCUUCAGGGGCCCCAGACAGCUCGGGAGCUGCACAGCAUUCUGAAACACAAGGGCCUGGUGGACAAAUUCCCCUUGUUUAUGGCAGUGUACCAGGUGUGCUAUGAGGGUCACCCAGUGCAGAAGUUUAUCCACUGCCUCCAGAAACACCCGGAACACAUGUGAACAGCGCUGGGGCUGGGUUACUGAAGAUCCCCAGCUUCCUGAACCUGUCUACAGAGCAGGAGGCUCCAGGGCAUCCUGGGUGCUGAGAAAUUUUCCAGGACUUCACAGUUGCUCACCCUCAACUCAGCUGCAGGCCAAAUCAAACCCAAGCAAUUUACCUCAUCUCAGCUUGGGAAGUCCUGAAUUCUUGGGUCUUCCCCUCCUCCCACCUGCUCUCUAGGGGUGGAGUCAUCUUUCUUUUCUCUUUGGGGAUGGGGGAAAUGAACCUCAAUGCUCUCUGUCUAAUGGGGGGCCAGAACAGCUGCUACAUUUUGCUGACCUACAAAAAUUAUGCCCACAGCUAAAAACUCUGUUCUUCAGUUCCCAUGCCCAAUUGAGUGGCCAAUGAGGCGGCUAGAAGUGUCAGCUUCUUGUGGAAGUGAGGAAGUUGGUGCAGAAGCAGUUUAGGAGGUGGGCUGGGCUUGAGGGGAGGGAGAGAAGGAAGAGGAAGAAGGUAGAACCCCAUGAACCUUGGCUCCUGCCUCACCAGGGGCACCAUCCUGUGUCAAUGGAUUUCAGUGUUUGUAACAAAAUACAAAGAUCUCAACUCCCCUCCAGCUUCUCCUAGCAACAUUUCUGUCCUCAGAACCCUCUCAGCAUGUCCAUUCCCCUCCUCCCCUGGCAUCAGAAUCAACUAUGCUGGCAUCAGAGGCCCUGGGGGCGCCUCUCCCCUCCCUGGGCUUUCCUGGUUCCUGCUUUUUGAACUUUGGCACUCUCUUUGCCAGCUCCUCUCCUACAGCUGACCUUUCUAGUGACUCUCCCCCCCCCCCCCCCCCCCCGUCCCCCCGCCGGGCUCACCCACUCUAUCUCUGGGUAUCAGGAACUUAAUCUUCUGACUGAAGCAACUCCUGUACCUUUUCAGAGUGGCUUUGACUCUGACCUUUUCAUUUACCACCCCCUGCCUUACCUCCCUCUGGCCUUCAGCUGUGGAUAUGACUUCUUGAAAAGGAUAUCACUCUCUGAACGCCACCCCUCCCUUUCCUAAAAUACUCUCGCUCCUCAGUCUCAAUUCUAGGGGCUACUGAUCAUUAUAUGGUUUGGGAGAGGUACUCCAAGGCUGGUUUCUCCUCCCACUUCUGGGAGGUGGGGAGGAGGUAUUAAAAGUGAAGAAAAGGGAUCUCUGUAUACCACAUCUUAGCACAUGCAGAAUUAGAGGGGCUGAAGGGGAGCAGGACUUUUGAUUAAAGAGGGACCUCUCCAAAAGCUAGGAUUGUUCUCAGAAGACCUGCCCGCAUUGCCUCAAGAGGGUCAAACCCAGGGCCCAGGGGAAUGAGUGAAAUAUUCAUACCCAUUUCUCAAGCCAAGUUGACAAAAAGGAGUAAAGAAGGGAGGCUUAAGUGGACGGAAGGGAAUGGGGAGGAGAAGGGGGAGAUAGGGAGGAGAGGAGUACUCUUGGCCCUAGGCUUGGUCAAGGAUCAGGUGGCAGCAGCAGGAAUGUUAGCAGGUCAGCAGCCUGGGCACUGGGCUAUUAAUAGUCUUCUGGGGCUCUGUCCAGGCAGCAGAGGGGACACUAGUCAGCGAACCGCACAUUGUGGGCCACUAACAGGAAAUGGUAGCUCUUACAGCCCACCUCCAUCCCCAAAUCAGGGACUAAAUACCUCUGAAACCCCUCCUCCAAGCACUGUCAGGCAGUAAGAACAGUGGAUUUUAGGAUGUCUUGCAGGGCAGUGCAGGGCUACCAAGCCCCUGGAUAACUGAGAUGGGAGAUAGGAUUACCAAAGGAUCAGGGCCAGUCUUCUAGGUCUUCCUGAGUGGUACUGUCUUGCUGAGUUGGGGGAAAGACCAGAGAACUUACACCCACACCUGCACCACCCCAUCCUGUAGAAAUAGGUCUGAAAUUCAGCAAUACGACUUACUGGCACUGAACAGAUUCCUAACUUUAAUCUAGGUCCUUCAAGUCAGACAUCCUUGUUUCUACAAUAAAAUCAGAUUCGUUUCUGAA